AUGAUGUGCCGUGUCGUCUCUUCCGCGCGCGAGCUGACUCUGCUGCCUUUACGCGGCUCAGGCCUGGCUCGACCGCGCUCGCCCGUCGCCGGCCCGAAGAUUUUCCAGCGGCCUCGUGUGACCCCCACGCGCCAUUAUCCAACAGCUUCACCACGCCCUCAACAAGCCCUUUCACUGUUGCAGAGCCUCUUUGCUGUGACCUGCCUCUGGGCGCCCACUCGGAACGCGGCGCCGCAUUUCCGGUGCCAGGGCGUCGUGCUGGGCUCCGCUGAGGCAUGCAUGCUGCACCAGUACCUGACACUGACUGGGGUGCAAAGUGCGGGGAGACUAUCGAUGCGACGCCUUGCCGGAUCCACCACUGCCAUCAUCCCACGCACUACGCAUCAUUCUUCAAACGCCGACAACUUGACACGCAUCUCUCUCGCUUCUCCCGCCCAGACCCUCGCAGGCCCUCUUCCCAUUGGCAGCCUGCCGCAAUCGUCUCAUCUCCCACUCGACGUUCGGCUAGUCAGCCAGCACUGCCCAAUUGACGCUGAUUCAGACACGAUCGUGGUUGUGACAUCAAAGCUUGGCUACCAGAAGUUUGCACCAAACUAUGAUCCCCCCCUUGCCGUCAUGCCUGCCGGCAUCUCCGCCAUGUCAAUCACCAGCCAACACCACAUCAUCAUCGUGACCGGGCCAGCAGGCUGCGGCAAGAGCACCAUCGCAAAGUACCUGUCGGACCGAUAUGGCUUCGACUAUAUUGAAGGCGACGAGUUCCACCCACAAGCCAACAUCGAGAAAAUGGCCGCCGGCAUCCCUCUAAACGACGCCGACCGCUGGGACUGGCUGAUCCUCCUCCGCGACCAAGCCCUCGCGUCCCUCAAGAACGGCGCCAGAGGCGUCGUGGUGACCUGCAGCGCCCUGAAGAAGAAAUACCGCGACGUCAUCCGCACCGCACGGCUCUACGACGAGUCGCCCAACGCAAACGUCCACUUCGUAUACCUCCGCGCCGACAAAGCCACUCUCCUCGCUCGCGUGCGCGCACGCCAGGGACACUACAUGAAGGACGCGAUGGUAGAUAGCCAGUUCGCUGCGCUAGAGGAGCCGGAUGAGGCCGAGUGCAAGCAACUCAAAGACGUGGAGAUUGUAGAUUGCAAGCACAGCCUAGAAGAUGUGCAGAGAUUGGCGAGCGCGGCUGUCGAUUUAGUCUUGACCAGUAAGCGGUAG